AUGGCUUCCUCUAGGUUAGCCAUGCUCUGCUGUGUGCUCGUCUUUGCAGUGGCGCGGGCAGUGGCUGAUGCUUUCGUCCUGCCACCUUCGCCACCUUCGCCACUUGUUUCCACACCACACAGACAGGCCAACAAGGUCGAGAGGCCAGAGCCUCCAAGUGAGUCUGGCGCUAUCCUGAUGGCAGUGUUGGCUGGCCUCAUGGUGGGAAUUGCUGCGCCGGCCAGCUGGGCUAUCACAGGCCCAGGCGGCACGAGGCCAGACUUGCAGAUGGUUCCACCAGGCAGCGAGGAUGUUCUGGCUGCGGCGAAGCCUCGCCACAUUGACGACGUCAUCCGCUCCCGCAUGGAGGCGGUCUAUUUCCCACAAGUUGCGGAAGAGCUGAAGACGGAGCGGGCAAAACUGGAGGCGGCGCCCGCCAAGCAAGAGCGCCUGAAGCAAACCAUGCAGCAGCUGCGAGAGUAUUCGCAGUCUGCCGUGUUCAACACCUCCGAAGUGCCGAUGUGA